GGGCCGAAUCCAACACUAUUUUGUUAGGGCCGACCCUUUCAAUCGCACUAACAAACUCAGAAUGGGAGCGCCGGUGAAAUCAGCGGAGCAGCCGCCACAAGAUGCGACGGCGGAGACCGUCGACGCUUUGCUUGAGGCUGCUAGGUAUGAUGAUAUAGACGAUCUCAAGAGCAUAGCAUCUUCUGGUGUUUCUCUGGAUUCGAAGGAUUCAGAAGGCCGUACAGCAUUACAUAUGGCUUCAGCAAAUGGGCAUCUUGACAUUGUUGAUUAUCUUGUCCGCAAUGGAGUGGAUGUUAAUGCUUGUAACGUGGAGAAGAACACCCCUCUUCAUUGGGCAAGUCUAAAUGGCCACAUUGAGGUUGUGAAACGUCUGAUUCUCUCCGGAGCUGAAAUCUCGCCACUGAACAGCCACGAGAAAAGUCCGAUUGAUGAGGCGCUCAGUAGGGGAAAAUUGGACGUGAUCGAUGCAAUCAACGAAGUAGCAGCUCAGGUUGAUCUUGCAAGAACACAAGUUUCUUAGUUCGUUUAAAGAAAAAAAUGAUACCAAGCUUAAAAUUCUCCUAUCAUGAGUCUGUUCGCAAUUUUAGAUGCUUUUGAUAUUGUAUUAUGGCUGCAAUUAUGUGACAAAGACGUGAAAUAUGAAAUCUAUAUUAUGGCUGCAAUAACAUGAAAGUUAUUUUUUUCUGAAA